AUGACGUAUGCUUCUCGUCUUCAGAGGCCAGCUGCCUUCGCCGCUUCUUCCUCUUCCCCGGCUCCGGCUCUUCGGUCACCCGCCGUCCGGUGUGUGCUCACCCCCUGCACAACUUUGUCGCUGUUUCCGAAACACUGGCGAGGCCUCGCGACGUGCUCUCCUGCCUGGGAGAGCCUGUCUCUUCCUUCCUCUCAAAAACUCGCGUCUCGCACUCUUGCGUCGCAUGCGCAAGGACCGCAUGGGCGGCGCGAAGAGGAGUCGCGAGACGCAGAAGAGAAAGCGGAAAGCGGCGAAGCGGGAGACAGCCUGCCAGGAGAAGCAGACCGCCUGCCAGGAGAAGCAGACCGCCUGGGACACGGAGAGAGAGAAAAAACCCACAGGCGGACCGAGGGAGCAGAGACAAAACCCGCGGGGCUCCGCGCGGCCGCCGAGAAACGCGGGAAGGCGCUGCAGGAUUUUCUUGUCCGGAAAAAGGACUGCGCAGGCGAAGAGCAGACACAGUCCGCGUCGGCUCCGCAAAGUUCUGAGGAUACCCUGCAGCCAUCAGGGGAAGUAACGCAGAUUGACGUUCGAAACCUCCCGUCGUCUUCGCCGCCCGCGGCGGAGGACCGACGGGGUCGCCUAGACGCCGAAGAACCCGCCGCGUCUCUGCGGGUCGGGCGCCGUCGCAGAGGCGCGGCGAUGGCUGAGAGAGAGAGAGAGGUGAGGAAAAGACCCGAAACGGACGGAGAGGCCGGACAGAGGGUAGCCGAAGCGACGCCGUACCGACUUUCCGACGAGAGAGCCGCCGAGGCGCAAGACGCCCAGCCUGUUCUCCUUCGCGGGGACUCUUCGCCUGCGUCCUUGUCCAGCAAUAAUCUGUCUUCUGCGCUCUCGGCCUUGCCUCCGCGAUUUCCUGUUCUCACCGCUCUCCCUCUCUUCCGACGGCCCGCAUUCCCGGGCUUUUUUCAGCUGCUUCACAUCCCGGAUAACGACGUGUUUGAAGCCUUGGUGAGGCAGAAGAAGAGCGGAGUCCCGGGCGGAGACUACGUGGCUGGUUUCCUCACAAUCGAGGAGAAGGAGAAAGAGCACGAAGUAGACGAGGAAGGACCGGGGGCGAAGCUGCGAAAAGACGCCGGACGCGUUCUCGACAUUUCGGAGCUCCACUCCACCGGCAGUCUUCUGCAUCUCCUCAACUUUGCUCCACACAGCAGCGUGAAGGGAGGCCAAGUCGUCGUUAUGCCUUACCGACGGAUUCGGUUAUUGGGGACUGCGGACUCGCCUUCGUCUUCCCCCGUGUCGGAGUCACAGCCUCUGUCUCCGGCGUCGACAGACACCGCUGCGCCUUCCUCCUCGUCAUCCUCUUCUCGCUCGUCUCUCUCUUCUCUCUCUUCUCCUUCGGCUUCCGGCGUUGAGUCUUUCGGCGACAACGACGACGGCUUUGAGGGCAGAGAUCGCGACAACAGGGACGAGCCGAAGGAAGCGUUUCGCACCUCCGAAGCACUGGAGAGAGACCAGCUUUCGCCGGCGUCCUCGCGUUCGCCCGAUCCCCCUGCCGAAGGCGACGACCAGAGCCCAACUGGCGUCUCCGUCGCGGCAGAGAAGGGAACCGAAGGAAGCCAGCCGUCGUCGCCGUCCGCUGCGUCCUCCACAGAUGCUGAUCCCGACGGACAGGCUCAGAGGCGGGGCGAGGCGAUCCAGCCCGAGUCUCCCUCGUCGCUGUCUCCGGUUCUCUCGCCUGUUGCAGCUGUGCCUUCUGCGCCCACAACGUUUUCGCUGCUGCGCGUGCGCAUCGCAUAUCUGCCUGACGAGUCCGGGAAGUUCGACGUCAACGACACGCAGAAGGCGCUCCACUUGGAGAUCAUUGCGACGAUGAAGGAACUGUUGAAGCAGAGCUACUUUUACAAGGAACACUUUGACCAAGUCGUCCGAUUCUACAACCUCGACUCGCCCCACAAACUCGCGGACUUGGUCGCGGGAAUGUCUUUCGCGAAGCGCCAAGAACUGCAAGCUGUCUUGGCGGAAGAAGACAUCGAGAAGCGCCUGCGACUGGUGCUGGAGAUUGCGAAGAAGGAUCUCGAGUUCUCCAAGUUGCAGGCGCAAGUGAAGGCCCAGGUGGAGGAGAAAAUGAACAAGAUGCAGCGGAAGUUCCUCCUGACGGAGCAGCUGAAGUUUCUGAAACGCGAACUGGGCGACGUCAAAGACGACAAGGAGUCGAUUCUCGACAGUUUCAGCGAACGGCUGGAGAAGAAGAAGCGCGUCAUGCCCGCAGAGGUGCAAAAGGCAGUCGCCUACGAGCUGAGCAAGUUGAGCAGCUUGGAACAGUCCUCGUCAGAGUUCAACAUCACGCGAACCUACACAGACUGCCUCCUCAGUCUGCCUUGGGGCGAAUACACUGAAGAGUGCAGCGACAUUUUCAGCGCGGAAAAGGUUCUCAACGAAGACCAUUACGGCCUCUCAGACGUCAAGGAUCGCAUCCUCGAGUUCAUCGCCGUCACCAUCCUCAAGAAAGAUGUCCAGGGGAAAAUCAUCUGUUUGGUUGGUCCGCCCGGAGUGGGGAAGACGUCGGUGGGGCAGAGCAUCGCGCGGGCGCUCCGUCGCAAGUUCUAUCGAAUAAGUCUGGGCGGCAUGUGCGACGUCGCAGAGCUCCGCGGACACCGCCGGACGUACAUCAGUGCACUGCCGGGGAAGGUGAUUCAGGCUCUGAAGGAGUGUCAGACGAUGAACCCGGUGAUUCUUCUUGAUGAAAUUGACAAACUGGGUCGCGACUUCCGCGGCGAUCCCUCCUCUGCACUUCUGGAGAUUCUCGACCCGAGUCAAAACAAAUCGUUCCGCGAUUAUUACCUCGACAUCCCCGUGGACCUCUCGAAGGUUCUCUUCGUCUGCACAGCGAACACUCCGGAUGUCAUUCCAGGGCCGCUGCUGGACCGCAUGGAAGUGAUUCGAAUCGCGGGGUACAUUUUCCAAGAGAAACUGUGCAUCGCUCGCAACUACCUCCUCCCGCAAACCAGCCAGUCGACAGGCUUGUCGGAAGAUCAGAUCCACAUUUCCGCAGACGUGCUGGAGAAACUCGUGCGGGACUACGCGCGCGAGGCAGGCGUUCGAAGUCUGCUCAAACUCAUUGAGAAAAUCUACCGCAAAGCGGCUCUCGCACUCGUCAGGAAGGAGCAAGAGAAGAUCGAAGUGCAUCUGGACAACCUGAGCAAGUUCGUGGGUCAGCCGGCCUUCCAGUCUGACCGCCUGUACGCCGAGACUCCUCCAGGCGUCGUCAUGGGCUUGGCAUGGACGCAGCUGGGCGGCGCCACGCUGUACGUCGAGGCGAUUGGCCGCCGACUCCGCGAGACGUCGCGCUCGGCGACGGAGAAACGGAAAGGUCGAGAAGAGGACAAUCCCAGCCGACGCGAGACGGGCGACCGAGGAGGGCGAAGAAAACCGCGGAGUCCUGCAGGCGCGGAGGGCCGCCUCAAGGUGACUGGUCAGCUGGGGAACGUGAUGAGCGAGUCGAGUGAAAUCGCGCUCACCUUUUGCCGCAUGUUUGUGCGCUGCAUCGAGCCGAGCAAUUCGUACUUGGAAACCGCGCAAAUUCACCUCCACGUGCCGGAAGGUGCGACGCCGAAGGACGGACCGAGUGCAGGCAUCACGAUGGCCACGGCGCUGGUGUCGCUUGCGCUGAACCGCCCCGUGCUCCCUGACGUGGCCAUGACGGGUGAGCUGACGCUGACCGGGAAGGUGUUGAAGAUUGGCGGAGUCAAAGAAAAGGUCAUCGCCGCGCGACGCGAAAACGUGAACACUCUCAUCUUCCCGAAGGCGAAUGAGCGCGAAUUCGACGAACUCCCGGAGGACGUCAGGGAAGGACUGAGCGUUCAUUUCGCCUCCACGUACGACGACGUUUAUCGAGUGGCGUUUGGCGCCGAGCCGCCGCGGCGAGCAGAGAACGACGGAGUUCACGGCGGACUCGCGUGA